CACAUUCAGAUUCAGUUCCGCUGCGUAUGUUAAGGAUUGUGUCCUGUUCCGGUGAGCAUUUGGUGUGUUUGCACGGCCUGUUCCAUCAGUGAGGGGGCACCAGCACUUCGCAGCAAGACCACGCGCCAAGCCUAUUCUCCAUCAAGAAUCGCACAUCGCUCCUUGAUUUGUGGUGAUAUCGACUCUACGGGACAAGGCCGUCGGUGGAAAAAUGUUUCUCAUCGCGUUAACUGGUGGCGUUGCUUCGGGGAAGAGUACAGUUACGAAAAUAUUUCGAGACCACGGAGUACCGGUCAUCGAUGCGGAUGCCAUCGCGCGUCAAGUCGUCGAGCCGGGUCGACCGGCGUGGCAUAAAAUUAGGGCAUCGUUCGGUGAAUCCGUGUUCCACACAGACAGCGGCGAGCUGAACCGCGAAGCGUUGGGCCGCAUAAUAUUCGACGAUGUCGAGAAACGAAGAUUGCUGAACGAAAUCACCCACCCCGAGAUACACCGGAUUAUCUACAAAUCGGUCAUCAAGUGCUUUCUGCUCGGCCACAACUUUGUGGUGAUGGACCUGCCGCUGCUGUUCGAGACCAGAAUUAUGCUAAACUUUAUUCACAAAAUCAUCACAGUUACCUGCGAAGAAGAUAUUCAAGUUGCCCGACUGAUCGAUCGUAGCAAGUACACCGAAGCCGAAGCAACGAAGCGUAUUAAGGCACAAAUGCCCCUGGAACUGAAGUGCGAGCAGUCACACUUCGUCAUCGAGAAUUCGGGAACGUUCAGGGACACCGAGGAGCAGACGUUAAAAAUUCUUUCCAUCCUGCAGGACAGCAACCAGCACUGGAAGAUACGCGGCGUAAUAUUUGCCACGGCUGCCCUGCUCGUGUCCAGCAUCGCGUGGAUUCUGAACUACAAGUACAAGUGGGUCAACAUGAACUGAUCGGUAUCGGUCGCCGGUUCCGGGCGCUCGAUGGGAGAAGGAUCGAGUCGCCCCGGCACGAUCACGUUCCUACGUCCGGUUUCCCAGUGUUCGCCAUCGUAUUUGUUGUAAUCUGUUAAUGAUUUAUGUUUCCGUAGCUUUGCAAAGCCCAUUGUUUUGUUGUGUCUUUUGUUUUCCCCAUGGUCUGUGUUUCUUCCCAUUUUAUUCCAAUUCGAUUCCGGUGGCAUGAAGGAUCCACCCGGAUACGGGUCGGUAAAGACAUUUAUAUGGCAUUUGCAAUCGAAUAGAGAAAUCGUAAUACUGUGUUCGUAUGCACGUUGGUGUUUGUGGAUGUACGUAGUGGCAGAUAAAAUAAGCACGAUUAUCCGGUGUCCCAUUGGAUGCAAAUAGAGCUAAA